AAUUUCAUUGUAAUCUAAAAGCAAUCAAGCAAACUGCACAAUGGAGAGCAUCAACUUUGUGCUCGACAUUGUCGUUACCCAGUUGGAAAGUCCCGAAAUUAAAGAUUUCAGUAAGGCGCAAGUAACCGCGAAUUUUGGCAAUGCAAAAGUGAAUCUGUCAGCGAGCAGCAUAAAUGUAACAGACUUCAAAAGUGGUGCCGGAGUGCUUCUCAAAACUUCACCCAAAAAAUUACGUAAGAGUAUUGAGGAUUGCGGCAUAGUGUUGACGGUCUCGUAUAAUAAUAAGGUGAUCGGGACCGGCCAAAUAUCUGUGCCUCAAAAGACAAUAGAUUCUAUAGACGCAGGAAUGUCAGAUUUAAUGUAUGUGGGCUGUUGCCCCUUUGAAAGGGAAGGCGAGUAUGUUGGCAGAGCAGAAGUGCUAUGUCGCCUCAUCAUUAAAUGCGAUGAGCUGGCCAAUCAGGUACAGACUCCAUGCGUGAGUAAUGUGGACAAGGCGAUCAACAAGCAGGACAUCAUGUUCCUGUUGAGUGAUACCCAGCGAUGUCCGAGCUUUUGUGAUCCCUGUCAGGACGCGUUGGAUGCAGAUGAAGGUGAUGAGAGGCUGACACUAGAUUUAGGACGUUAUCGUAGCCCCACCGGCAAGAGUCAGAGAGUAUCAGAAAUUUUUACACAUAAGCCAACAGGAUCAAAGGCUUGUUGUGAGCUCAAGCAAAUGGCAAAUGAGUGUGAACAGAUUGUUGAUUCUAUUACCGCUCGCGUAGGCCAACCCAAGGAUAUCAAGCCACCCUGUCGGGUGCCAGAAGGCCCAGAACUGGAUGGUGUUUGUAAUAUACCGAGCCAAUAUUUUCAGGAUAGUAUAGCACUGGCUGAUGCGUAUGGUCCGUGUUUUUCGUAUAUACCAGCACGACAAGACGAUAGUCCCGAUUUCUGCGAUCCCGCGCUAAUACCUGCCCCAAUCAGUGACUUAAAUAAGCCAUUUAUAAAGCCACCACGCUUUUGUCCCGUCUGUCUGGCCAACAUGUCAUGGCUUCCCAAGCUGGCUGCCUGCCCCAAGUGCGGUGCCAAAGCAAUGCCGGUGCUUGAGGAACGGCACAAAGAGAAAAAAUUGACUCCAGACCAGAUCAUACAAGAGUAUUUGGGAAAGUCCACCAAUGCUGAUCAUUGCGAAGAUCCCUGCGAAAAAGCGGAAAGGGAGAGAAACGAUGAGGACGAAUGCUCGAAAAAGUGCGAGUGCAAGGGUGGAAAAUUUUGUGUCCACUGCCGCAUACGUCAGCUCUGUGCGGACAUUUUUAAAGCUACUAAGAAUGAGAUGAUAUGCCCCAAGGUUAAACCGAAAUCCUCCGAAGAUUUUUGUGUGAAAGAUGAAGACUCUGAAGAUUGUAAGCCAUAUCUAGCGCGUGUGUUCUCUGAACUGAGGGACUUAUACGAGAUCAAAGACACGCUCCGCAUUAAUAAUUGUGGAAUGAAACAGGACGAAACAGGAGGAGAAACAUGCUCGUUGGAAAAAAUACCGGUCAAUAAGACUGUAAAAACUGCGAAAAGUUAUAAGCCAAUCAAACGCAAGCCACCCGUUUUUAGCAACCUGCACAAGAAUUGCGUGAAGUCGGAAGGGGUAGUCGCUCGUAAUCGUGGCUGGGCAUGGGGCCUAAGGGAGGAGGCAUGGAAGUACGGCUGGCGUCCAGGAUUUGUCAAAAAGUCCGUCAAGCGUCUGAUGGAUUUCUUCUUACGCUACUCUCCAGAUGACACUGCUUUCAAUUCCUGCACAAAAGUGGAAGAAGAAGAAGCAAUGAGGAAAGAAGAAGAGACACCGACUCUGAACGUAUGCAAAAAGAAUGGCGAGAUCCUAGUCACACUGCAACCGAUCAACAAUGGAACUGUGCAAAUGAAACCGAUUGUGUUCAAGGUAGUCAAGAGUGAUCUAGCCGUUGCUCUUAGCGCCAUCAAGAGGAAGCUCAAAGCAAAGGGCUUCCCCAAGUGCACCUGCCACAAUACGGUGAGAAUGUGUGUCUGCCGGGACCCGAUAGCCAAGAAGCAUCUCGAAGCGGCGAUAGAGAAGGAAAGCAAACGUUGCGGAAUGCAGAGCUGUGUGAACGAACUGGUGCUCACCGACACCAGUGAGAGCGAUAUGGAGUACGAUUUUAAUGUGUCACCGCCAGCGGCUUCAGCAUCUCCGCGCUCAAAGCCCAUCACUAUGAACAAUGGCACUCAGACAGCCAAGAAGGAUUCAGUAGUACCAUCAAAGUAUCCAACUAAGCUGGGUCCCUAUUGGCGUCAAUAUGACUGUGCGGCGGGCGAUCGCUACACCGGCACAGCAUUUGGUUCCCCGGGUGAGAUUGUGUUUGAGGAUGGAUUCUUUGGACACGGGGGCGGCGGACCACACGGGGCUUCUGCUGCUCCGGGUGGAAGACCGAAGGUCCCAGGAAUAUGGGGCUCCGGGCAGGGCGGACCUAUGACUGGUGGUGGACGCUCCGGGGGACCAGGCGGACGAGGAGGACCAGGUGGCAGAGGAGGGCCAGGCGGACCAGGCGGUCCAGGGGGUCCAGGCGGACUAGGCGGACCAGGUGGUCCACUAGCUGCCCUCUUUAAAGACAAAUCGUUCCCCGGUAAUAAAAAUAAAGAAGGCAAAGGCAAGAGCGCCCCAAUCCCAGUUCGAAUGCCCAAAAAGCACUAUGAGAAGCUAAAGCAGGCCGCUAAGGCUAAAGAAGCGGCAAAGCUUAACGAGAUAGCCAAAAAGAAGAAGGGCGUUAACCUCAUUGAUUACUUAAUGAAAGAUGGCGCUAUUAGCAAACCCUGGGACCCGAACAAUCCACCCCCAAAGAAAACCGCCAAGGACUUGCUAAAGGAGGAAAUAGAAAAGAAGGAAAGACUCCAGGCUGGAGAACGCAAACGACGCGCCCUACUGGGCACGUGCAUACCCCCCCUCGAAAGUAUGCCGCGUCUGGGCAGGGGCUACGAUCCCUGCCAAUGCUACUACAAUCCCUGCCAUCCAUGCGCAGCCCAGUGUUGCUAUCCGUGUUGGUCCUAUCAGUAGUAGCACUCAAAUACCAGUAAAAUGCCAACGUUCAGUUGUCUAGAAUAAACUUUUACAAUAAACUAUAUAUCAUAAUUG